GAAAUACUGAGAGUUUCACCAUCGAAAAAGGUUACUGUCGCCACUGCCCACUGAGCAGAAUCCUCUGUUCUUGUCUGAGGACACAAACUUCUUCUGUUCUGCUACAAUCAUUGACAUUGAUCCCCCGCCUCCCUCCUGUCGAUCCUUUGUCCGUAUACUCCUCUUCGUUCAGCAGCUAGGCAGCUCAGUCCAAUAUUGCUUCAAGUUUCCAAUGGCCGAACGCCACUCCAGCCCUGGCCAGCAGCCAGGAGUUGGCCAGAAAGCACCGCAGUCUCGACCUGCCCAGGGCGGCGGUCCCGUCCUGCGCAAGUUCCACGAGCACGCCUCAAGCCCCACGCAGCUCAUCGGCUUUCUCGCCCUCAUCGUCUCCGGGGGCAUCCUCCUCCUCCUCACUGGUCUCACUGCUACGGGGCUCGUGAUGAGCCUCAUCUUCUUCACCCCGCUGCUCAUCAUCUCGAGCCCGAUCUGGUUCCCAGUUUGCACUGUCAUCUUCAUAGGAAUCACCUGGACGUUGUCCAUGUGCGGCUUCGGGGUUGCAGUCUUAGCUGGCGUGUCGUGGCUCUAUAGGUACUUCAAGGGUUUCAACCCGCCGGGCUCGGGCCAGGUUGACUAUGCGAGGAACCGGAUCUACGACACCGCGAGCCACAUGAAGGACUAUGCUAGAGAGUAUGGUGGAUACUUGCAAAGUAAGGCAAAGGACGCCGCUCCUGGCGCAUGAUGAGGUUCGACGCUGGGACGGUUUCUUCCGAGUCUGGCUGGUUUGUAUCGAACUGAGCCAAAGGCAUUUCGGGUUACUUUCCUCUCUCUAGAGCUAUAAAUUUUCUUUCCCUCACUUGUUGCUGUUAUCUUGCCUCAAAAGUUUCCAGGUUUUCGAGAUUUAAUUAGCCCUUUUAUUACUCAUUAUAUGGAAAAUCCACGUGCUGAACUUACGAGUUCAUGCACACUGAAGAAGCACUACUGAACAUCGUGUCAUAAAGACAAUAAUCAGAGAAAUGCGAUAAAAAGAUCGAAUGACGUCUUUUUCCAUCCA